UACCAUAAUUGGGUUGCAGGUGAUCAAUGGUAUUCAUAGUCUGCCAAUUACGGCAAUGAAGCCUGGAUUGACCUGCAAGUGAAGCAGAACGAACUCAUAUUUAACAUCGAGAACAGACAAGGACAUUGGAGCAUAACAAAAUUUGGUAAAAAAAACCUUUAUCAGUGAAGCUCCUACCAUGUCCAACCAGCAACCAUCCACCUCGAGCCCAAACGACCGACUGCAACAGAUCGUCAACCAUUUCGAUUCAAGAAACUCGAGCAAAAAAUUGUCCGGUAAGGUCUGCAUCCUCACGGGCAUCGGUCAUGAGCUAGGAAUCGGGUGGGCUACCGCAGUCCUGUUUGCUAAAGAAGAUGCCAAACAUUUAUAUUUGCUCGAUCUCAAGGGAGAUAAAUUCCCCGCCUUAGUCAAACAUCUCAAAGAGCUUAAUCCGAAGAUUGGUCUGUCAACUAUUAGCGGUGAUGCAGCAGAAGAAAGUGUGGUUCGAUCGGUCUGUCAAAAAGCGAUAGACGAACAAGGCCGACUGGAUGUGUUUUUCGCAAAUGCAGGAGUGGUAGGAGCGGCGCAUAUUGGCAAGACGAGUUACGAGACGAGCGAGAGGGUGAUUCGGAUCAACACGAUGUCGUGUUGGCUAGCAUUGAAGUAUGCGUCGGAUGCGAUGUUGAAAGCAGGCAAAGGGGGGAGCAUCAUCUUUACCUCGUCGGCAGCAGGGCUUCGAUCGGGGGCGGGUUCGACGGAGUAUUCGGCCUCCAAGGCCGCCGUGAUCUCGUUGGCCGCCACCGGCGCGAACGCUUAUCCUGGCGCUGCAAUCAGAGUCAAUGCCGUCUGUCCUGGAAUGAUCCAGACCCAGAUGACCGGCCCGGUCUUCCAAAUGGCCAAGGAUAAAUCCAAGAUCGGCCAGUUGUGUCCGCUCAGACGUUAUGCGGUGCCCGAUGAAGUGGCUAGUGUUGUCUUGUUCUUGGCUAGUGAUGAUUCUUCUUACGUCACUGGGACAGCCAUUCCAGUCGACGGAGGUCUUGCCAGCUCGUUACCAGUAAUUCCUGGAAGACAGUAUUAAACAAGAGACAAGCAUCAAUCGUGGUUCCACUUAUUUCACUUUCCCUUCACAGUCAACUUGUUGUAUGUAUCAUUAACGUGUACUUUCAAGCUGGACAAUUCGUGUCUCUUCUAACUCACAUGUACACUCUUAUUCCUUGCUGGAUAUCAUAAACACCUCAUCAGACAAAAUUAAAUCAAUUUAAAUCACAGGCAUGUUGUUGUGUAAUUCAGAUUCCAUUGAUCAAGGAAAGAUUU